AAUCCGAUUACACACAAUUCAUAUAAUAUUACCUUUGGUACCAGCCACGAUAGGGCACCAAGAAGCUACCACCUGGAAGCUACGCACAAGUUAUUGGUACAUUCUCUCGUUGUUGUUGUUGUUGCUGUUGCACUCUCCUUUGGUUGACUACUACCGGUAGUAUAAAGUUUCCUAUUUGUUUGUGAGAAAGGAUGGAAGAAACCAUAUUCUUUUCGAGCACUCACCUCUGGAGGUUCCUCACAAUCCCCACGCUCCUUUCCAUGGCUGUGAUUGCACUUGCCAGACUAUGUGUUCAACCCAACAAAGCCUUGCGAAAGACAAUCACCAGCAAUCGUCUAUGGAAACUUCAAUUUCUGUGCCAUCCGAUCAUUGUGGCUGGAAUUCUCAUGGCAUCGUCCUUGCCAACCGAAAAGGAAGAAACGACAUCUUCUUUUGUCAUUAUGAGUUUUGCCACAUUGAGUGUCUUGUUUGCCUUUAAUUUUGGAGUGGAACCCUUUGAUGUCCCCAACGACAUGAUGUUCUCUCUUUGCUUUUAUCUGCAUCAUUAUGCCGUGGUGGUUGCCAGUGCCAUCAUGUUGAGCUUUCCCACAGAAGACGACGGCAACCACAAUACCAAGUUUUCGUUUGGAUUGAGUCAAGCCAUACUGUUGGGUCAUGCUUGGCUAUUGCAUCCAGUUGCAUACUUGGACACGAAACAAAUCAUCGACAAGCAAGCCAUUUUUCUGCCGUAUAUUGCCACUGGCUUUAUCUGCAUGCUGUAUUGGUGGUCCCAAGAUGGGGAUGUGAUCAUUCCCAAGGUUUUUAGACUUCCCGUGGCAAUGCAAUACAUGGGAAGAUGGGGACUCUAUGUUCGUCUUUGCUUGCUUACCGGAUGGCAUAAGCCUGAUCAUCCCAACCAUGAUUCCUUUGAAUGGCGAAAACAAUAUUAUGAACUGCUUUCCUUUGCUCUGGCGUUUAUGGUUUCCACACUUUGGAGAUACUGGUAGCAUUGGCGAGGUACGAUACAGGUUGGACGAGGAAGGAGGAGACGAGCACAAAGCUAGCACUCGGAAGGAUGCUACACCUGAUCAUCGAUCUGCAUCUUUGUGCAAGCAAGACGCGGGCAGAGCCCUGGUUCCUGCUGGAUCCAAAGCAGGCAAUACCGGUACCGGUGGUGAAUGAGGUGUCUUCAAUGGAACGAGGCACAUUCAUGUGUAUCUUGUACAUUGCAGCAGCACAGCAGUAGCAAUGCUGCUAUCUUGCCGGAAACAAUAAUCCCGGUCAAUAUUAUUGGCAACUCCUGCCAAAGUUUGUACCGGUAAGAUCCACUCCAUUGAUUGUCCUGGCAAGCGAAGACUAUGCUGUACCGGCAAGAGAAAGGGGAGUUUUGUUGGUCGGUAAACAUGAGCUACGGUACGUAGUAAUAGCGAGCAAGUUAGCUAGCUAGAGUAUGAUACUGAGUCCUAGUAGCUGCUUUAGUUUUGAUAGCUAG